CCUACUCUUACUAACGAAAGACAAGUAAUCGAGUAGCUUCAAUUGUUUGGACAGAAUGAUUUCCACUCCUUUUUUCACCCUCGCCAUAUUCGCAUCCGUCCAUGGUUUUGCCAUCAACAAGAGAUUUGACAAUGGUGACUUCCCAACUGGUAAUACUGACCCCAAUGUGGCCAGUGCAUGUACAUACUGGGCGAAUUCUAUUGGCUCAACAGAUACUUGUGCGGACCUUGAGAGCUACUAUGGAAUCACGGCUACACAGCUAACUUUCUGGAACCCUUCUCUCUCAAUCACUAACUGUGCCCUCAAAGAAGGCUGGAGCUACUGUGUUAGUGCACCAGCUAUAUCAACCACACCCUCGUUCACCAGCACUAUGUCUACAACAUCUUCCACGCUCCUGCCUACUACCACGGCGACAUCUGCGUCAAACAUAACCAGCAGUGCGAGUAGCCCUUCCCCGGCUCAAAGCGGCCUGAGCUCGAGCUGUGAUGCAUUCUAUUACGUCAAAACGGGCGAUUCUUGCUGGGCAAUUGUCAACUCGUACGGCAAUUUUACGCUCAACCAGUUUUACUCCUGGAACCCGGCCGUCAAGUCCGACUGCUCCGGCCUACAGCCAGACUAUUACGUCUGUAUCGGUGUCACUGGGUCCACCACUGUGGCGUCGCAGACUACACUUCCUGCUACCAAUACUGCUUCAGCGGUUACUACUACUGGGUCAUACCUACCCGAGCAGACGGGAAUCGCAUCAAACUGCAAUAAACACUACUAUGUUAAACACGGCGAUACUUGCUCUGACAUUGCUAUCAAUUACGACAUCAGCCUAAGCGAUUUCUACUCCUGGAAUCCAGCUGUAGGAACAACGUGUAGUAACCUGGAAGCUGAUUACUGGGUAUGCGUCGGUAUAUCUGGUGGUACCUCCGCAACCACCACAACACCUACCUCCACAUCCACAUCAACAGCUAGCAGUACCACACCCACCAGCAGCGCUCCAUAUCCCACCCAGUCGGGCCUAGUAGAUGACUGUUCCACCUACUACCAAGCCAAAUCCGGAGACAGCUGCUGGUCUAUCGUCAACAACGAAUAUACCUACCUGACGACCUCCCUCUUCGAAGAAUGGAAUCCCGCCGUCGGAUCAGACUGUAGCAACCUGCAACCUAGUUACUAUUACUGUGUUGCCACGCAGAAGCAGGCGCCAAUGCCCGACACGAUCGAUACCUGUGAGAAGUGGCAUUUGGUAGCUGAAGGGGACAAUUGUUGGUCGAUUGAGCAGGACGCAGGUAUUACUGCGGAUCAGUUUAAUACGUGGAAUCCGUACGUGGGUUCAUCCUGUGCGAACCUGUGGUUGGAGUAUUGGGUUUGUGUUGGUGUUUAA